AUUUCAUUCCCCAUGAUAAGCAAUAAAAAAAAAAACAAACCAAACUUCCCCCUGCUUCUUCUUUUUGUUAUUUCCAUGAUUCCACAUUUGUAGUAAAACACAUACAAAGUUGCCAAAAGGUAGGGGAUCGUGGAGAUGACCCCAAAAGGUGACAAGGGCAAAGAAGGAGACUCGUCCUUUGCCAAAAAGAAGUCCAGAAGACCCAAAUAUUCCAGGUUCUCACAGCAAGAGCUUCCAGCUUGCAAACCAAUUUUGUCACCGGGAUGGGUGGUUUCAAUAUUCAUCACCAUUGGCAUUGUCUUUAUCCCAAUUGGCUUUGCUGCCUUAUUCGCCUCAGAGCGUGUUGUGGAACUACAAUUCCAGUAUGACCAAGAUUGUGUUCCUGCAAAGUAUAAGGAUAAUGCGGUUGCAUAUAUUCAAAGCAAUGCCACUGACAAGACCUGCACGAGGAAAAUGCCUGCUGUUACAAGUAAAAUGAAAUCUCCCAUUUAUGUCUACUAUCAGAUUGAUCACUACUUUCAGAAUCAUCGCCGAUAUGUUAAAAGUAGAAGUGAUGAUCAGUUGCGGAGCGUGGCAAAGGAAAAUAGCACAAGCGACUGUGCGCCUGAACGCUUUGCAAAAAAUGGUCAACCAAUUGUUCCUUGUGGCCUCGUUGCAUGGAGUUUGUUUAAUGACACAUAUAAGUUUUCAGUGAAAAACAAAACAAUAGCGGUCAGCAAAAAGGACAUCACAUGGAAAAGUGACCGUGAGAAAAAGUUUUCAAGCAGUGUCUAUCCUAAGAACUUUCAGUCUGGGGGUUUGAUUGGAGGAGCAAAGCUCAAUUCUAGCAUACCUCUGAGCCAACAAGAGGAUCUUAUUGUUUGGAUGCGAACUGCAGCAAUGCCAUCUUUUAGAAAACUGUAUGGGAGGAUAGAAGUGGACCUUGAUGCUCAUGAUGAAAUAACAAUAGAACUACAGAAUAACUAUAAUACCUACAGCUUUAAAGGCAGCAAGUCAGUGAUACUUUCUACUGCGAGUUGGAUUGGUGGAAAGAAUGAUCUAAUGGGCAUAGCAUACCUUACCAUUGGCGGAAUGUGUUUGUUCUUGGCAAUAUGCUUCAUACUUAUGUAUGUGCUCAAGCCGAGACCUCUUGGGGAUACCUCCUACUUGUCUUGGAAUAGAAAUGCAUCAGGAGGACGCCUAAAUUUUUAAUCUGUAGUAUUCCUCUACCAACCUUUUGUACUAUUACUCUUCUGCCUUCUGAUCUGAUAGAUAAUAUAAUUUAAGUAUAUUUUCGAACAAAGAGAUUAACUUCUGAUCUGAUAGAUACUAUUACUCUUUGCCGUUGUGAUGGCAUGAAUUUU